AUGCUUGCGGAAGAUGAAUAUCUAGCCUUCGACAAUGAUCUCGGGGAAUUUGAUCCUGACGAUUACCUGGACUCAUGUAUUGAAGAAGUGGAUUCCUCACCCCCUCCCCUUGCCGACCCUCCUCCUCGCACGCAUGCGCGCUCCACACUAUACGAGAACUACACCCGCGCGCUCAGCAACAGCAUGGAGGCUGGUGGGAUGUCUCUCGAGGAUCGCGUUCUCGCAUGUAUCGAUUACAUGAACACAACAGGCAUCAAUCUUUUGGUAACAGCCUCGCGCGAUGCGGUGUCGACAGCCCUCACGUGCCAUUAG